CCGCGGGAUGAAGUCGGGGGCACUCGACUCGCUAGCCUCGCUCACAGCUGCUGGGCGCCAGGCAGAGCGUCUCCAGCCUCCGGACGGGCGUGCAGACCUCUGACCCUGGAGUCUCUUGGCCGCCGGGAGUCGUCCGCUUGGGUCGUCGCCCGGGCCGCCCGCCGUUCUCCGGCCCCGAGGGGCCCGGCCGGCCGCUGCGAGGGGAGAGGUCAGCAUGAACCGGGGGGUCCGGCGGGCCGGCGCAGGGCAGGGGGCGGCGGCCGCGGUGCAGCUGCUGGUCACCCUGAGCUUCCUCCCGAGCGUCGUCGAGGCCCAGGUCACCGGUGUCCUAGAUGACUGCUUGUGUGAUGUUGAUAGCAUCGAUAACUUCAACACCUUCAAAAUCUUCCCCAAAAUAAAAAAGCUGCAAGAACGAGACUAUUUCCGUUAUUACAAGGUCAACCUGAAGCGACCGUGUCCUUUCUGGGCAGAAGAUGGCCAUUGUUCAAUAAAAGACUGUCAUGUAGAGCCUUGUCCAGAGAGUAAAAUUCCAGUUGGAAUUAAAGCUGGGAGUUCUAAUAAGUACUUGAAAGUGGCAAACAAUACCAGAGAAUUAGAAGAUUGUGAACAAGCUAGUAAGCUGGGAGCAAUUAACAGCACAUUAAGUAAUCAAAGCAGAGAAGCUUUCAUUGACUGGGCAAGAUACGAUGAUUCACAGGAUCACUUUUGUGAACUUGAUGAUGAGAGAUCUCCAGCUGCUCAGUAUGUAGACCUUUUGUUGAACCCUGAGCGUUACACUGGCUAUAAAGGGUCCUCUGCGUGGAGAGUGUGGAACAGCAUCUACGAAGAAAACUGUUUCAAGCCUCGAUCUGUUUAUCGUCCUUUAAAUCCUCUGGCACCCAGCCGAGGAGAAGAUGAUGGAGAAUCGUUCUACACGUGGCUAGAAGGUUUGUGUUUGGAGAAAAGAGUCUUCUAUAAGCUUAUAUCGGGACUUCAUGCUAGUAUCAAUUUACAUCUAUGUGCAAAUUAUCUUUUGGAAGAAACCUGGGGUAAACCUACCUGGGGACCUAAUAUGAAAGAAUUUAAAUGCCGCUUCGACCCUGUGGAAACCAAGGGAGAAGGCCCAAGAAGGCUAAAGAAUCUGUACUUUUUAUAUUUAAUUGAGCUUCGAGCUUUAUCAAAGGUGGCCCCGUACUUUGAGCGCUCAAUUGUCGAUCUUUACACUGGAAAUGUAAAAGAGGAUGCUGACACAAAAACCCUUCUACUGAAUAUCUUUCAAGAUACAAAGUCCUUUCCCAUGCACUUUGACGAGAAAUCCAUGUUUGCAGGUGACAAAAAAGGGGCCAAAUCGUUAAAGGAGGAAUUCCGGUUACAUUUCAAGAAUAUCUCCCGUAUAAUGGACUGUGUUGGAUGUGACAAAUGCAGGUUAUGGGGGAAAUUACAGACUCAGGGUUUAGGAACUGCCCUGAAGAUAUUAUUCUCAGAAAAAGAAAUCCAAAAGCUUCCAGAGAACAGCCCAUCUAAAGGCUUCCAACUCACUCGACAGGAAAUAGUUGCUCUUUUAAAUGCUUUUGGAAGGCUUUCUACAAGUAUAAAAGAGUUACAGAAUUUCAAAGUCUUAUUACAACACAGUGCCACUGUAUAUAAGAAAGGACAGCUAUUUUGAUCUCUGUCAGCAUUGCCUUCAUCUGGAAAUUUGGGAACAGUUCACAGUAAACCUCUCAGCAGUUUGCACACUGAAGUACCUGCAGAAACCAUAGCUAUUCACCAAAAUACAGACUGGGUGCAUGGUACCAUGGAAAUUAUUUGGUAAAACAAAACAACGUAGACACACACCAAAUUUAUGUGUACUCUAUUUUAAGUAACAUCUACAGGUGCAGCUUUGAUUUUGAACAGAAUUCCAAAUAAUUUGCUGUUGUACCCACCAGAUUAUAGAAAAUGUGAAUUAAAUGUUUCUGCCAU